UUGUGAGUGAAGAGGGAGUUCCCAAAGUUUGUAUCGGAUGCAACACUCGCGUGUGGUGGAGCUCAGCAGCAGAGGUAGCCUUGACUGUUACAAAACAAGGGAAGAAAUGGGUUAAAAACUUGAAAGUGGGGAUGAGAAAAGGGAGAUCCAGGAGGACAAACAUGAGCAGAGGGCGACUCACCCCGCGAUUGUUGCUUCGUUUGGGUAUUCUGCUCACAGCUGUCUGCUUGUGUAUUUACGUUUACCUGGAGACGGGUUGGAAGGCCUCCCUUGCAUCCUCGGAUUUGGGAACCCAAUUUGUUCAAAAUUGGGGUCAGUUAAAAAUAAACUUGGCCUCUGCAGAGGUAGAAGAGCGAGAGGAAAGCUGGGAAAUCUCCUACAUUCACAUUCAGGACAGUGAACCCACUCUGCACAAAAAGGCUCCGCGGUGGCACAUAGAUCUGCAGCCGUGGGCCGGACCGAAACCUUCCCUGGAAGAUGAAGCUAAAAGGUUCCUCAGUUACAUCACAACCCCACAAGUGUCAUGUACCUCAUUAUCCAGCAAGAGAACUGCCUGGAAAGGCUCAUCUAAGAGCUGGGCAGUUUGCCUGGAUCCCAAAUAUAGCCUGAUACAAAAGACAAAAAGCAAAAGCUGCCGGGUCUACUCUUUUGGGCUGGGAGUGAGUGACUGGUCGCUGGAGCGUUUUCUUGGGAGAUCCGGGUGUCAGGUCCACUGCUUCGAUCCCAGCCUGAAGCAGCUCCACCAGCAGGAAGCUGAAAUGUGGCUCCACCGUCUCUCUGUGGACUGGAGGGAUCCCAACCCUGCUGCUGUGGUACAGAAUCAGCAUGCAAACAGCAAGAAACUAGCUACCAUCCUCAAUGACUUUGGGCACAGAAAGGUGGAUGUGCUAAAAGUAGACAUGGAAAGUGCAGAAUGGAAGAUUCUGGAGAACUUAGUGCUAGAAGGAGUUCUGGACUCGGUGGGUCAGCUGCUGUUGGAGAUUCAUCUGCACUGGGCCGGGUUUGAGGUGGGCGGCGAUGACCCGUCUGUGGUGCGGUACUGGUUCAGCCUUCUCAAGGAACUUGAAGAUGCUGGUUUCCAUCUUUUUCACACGCACACGAAUCCAUCCAAGCCCUAUCUGUUUCUGCAUAAAAACAUCCUAAACGCCAGCAGCGCUUACAUCCUGAGCUGGGGGAAGUGGAAGCCUUCAGAGGUUCAAAGUUCAGAUGAACCAAAAAGUGAAUGAAUGUGACUUUAGAAGACUGCUCGGGCCUCUGACGGACUGGUGUUGCAGGCUGGAAUCAUUCCCUCCAGAAGCUGCUUCUGCUGGAUUAGUGGCUGCAGGUCAGCUUGAUUCCGUCAACAAGCGCCAUGUGAUGCGAUGCAGAGAUUUAGACACAAGUGGAUGUAAAAGUUGGAAAAAGAAGUGUAACUCAGGUAGCAGCUGCAAAUAUUCAGGUUAAAAACUGCUUUUUAGAUACAUUUAUCUUCUCAUGCGAUUUGAUAGAAGAGAAAAAUGGCUACUGCAGCUUUUUCCUGGCGGGCAUGCAGCUGUAAAAUGACAGUUUUUUCAUAUUGACCAUUUUUCACUCAUUUUUAUUUUGGCUUUGUGACUUUUGUGUCCAUUUCUUUUAGGAAUAUAUAUUUUCUGAGUUAGGGAUGAGCAUAAAGAAGCUAAUUUCCUCUUAAAACUUUAGAACAUUUUGAAAGUUUUUUUUAAUCAAAUUUCCUUUUAUCGCUUUAGAAAAUUUGAUCACAAACUGUCAAAGUAUUUAUGAUGGGAGUUUUUCAUAUUUAUGAGUAAUAAAACACUAAUUCAUGUUCAAAGCA